UGAAAAAAUGGCUGGAAUAAGAGAACAAGACCAAUACAUGCCAAUAGCAAAUGUGAUUCGAAUAAUGCGAAGAAUCCUUCCGCCACACGCAAAAAUCUCUGAUGACGCAAAAGAAACAAUUCAAGAAUGUGUUUCGGAGUACAUAAGCUUCAUAACUUCCGAAGCAAACGAGCGUUGCCAGAAAGAACAAAGGAAAACAGUUACAGCAGAAGAUAUACUUUGGGCUAUGGGGAAACUUGGUUUUGAUGAUUAUGUUAAUCCUUUAGCAUUUUACCUUCAACGUUACCGUGAAAGUGAAGGCGAACCCGCUUCUGUUCGACGCACUUCUUCUCAUGAUGUUCCUCAUCCUCCUCCUCUUCCUCUUUCAAUGCUGCAGCAGCAGCAGCUUCCAUUUUUAUCGGCUAUGCCGGUUUCGAGUAUUGAUGGUAAUAAUAACUGUUAUGGUUUUGGUUAUGGUUUUGAUUUUGAUCAAGGGUUUUAUAGAGAUGGUGUUGGUGGUGGUGGUGAUGCUUCUUCUUCUGCUGCUUUUGUACCGAAUUUUGAUAAUUGUUUUCCUCAUCUCAAACGUGAUAAUAGUAACAUGUGAUGAUGAUCAAUGUAUGAA